AUGUCUGGUGCAAAGAUACUGCUAUUUCUGCAGAGCCUGUCGCGUAGGAAACCUCUGGCACCUGACGGAGAAGAGUCCAACUUUCGGCGAUGCCUGACCACCCUCGACUUAGUGGCUCUGGGGGUCGGCAGCACACUAGGGGCUGGUGUGUAUGUGCUGUCAGGAGAGGUGGCCAGAGCCGUAGCCGGGCCCAGUAUCAUAAUCGCCUUCCUGAUAGCAGCAGUGGCCUCCAUCUUUGCAGGGCUUUGCUAUGCUGAAUUUGGAGCUCGGGUUCCCAAGACUGGCUCUGCCUAUCUCUACAGCUAUGUGACUGUGGGAGAGAUAUGGGCUUUUAUCACCGGCUGGAACUUGUUGCUGUCUUAUGUCAUAGGGACAUCAAGUGUUGCCAGAGCAUGGAGUGGCACCUUUGAUGAUCUCAUUGGAAAUGUAAUUGCCAACUCUCUGGGCAAACAGGCUGCUAUGAAUUUAUCUGGAUUAGCUCCCUUCCCAGACUUCUUUGCAGCCGGCCUCAUAAUGCUCUUGGCAGGGAUUCUUGCAUUUGGUGUUAAAGAGUCAGCUAUUGUAAAUAAGGUUUUUACAGCAGUUAACAUCGUGGUAUUGCUGUUUGUUGUCCUCUCUGGAGUCAUUAAGGGUGACAUCAACAACUGGUACAUUGGUGAAGAUUCUCUCCAGGAUGGAUAUGAAAACUGCACGUCACUGAAUGAAACCGCCAGGUAUGGCAGUGGAGGAUUUUUCCCUUUUGGCUUUGAGGGAACAUUAGCAGGAGCGGCCACUUGCUUUUAUGCAUUUGUCGGAUUUGACUGCAUAGCCACAACAGGAGAGGAGGUUCAAAAUCCUCAGAAGUCGAUCCCACUCGGCAUUGUGGCGUCCCUCCUCAUCUGCUUCCUGGCUUAUUUUGGUGUGUCUGCUGCCCUGACUCUUAUGAUGCCAUACUAUUUGCUCAGUGUUCACAGCCCGUUGCCUGUGGCCUUUACAUACAUUGGUUGGGGCCCUGCAAAGUAUAUAGUGGCUGUGGGAUCACUCUGUGCACUGUCAACAAGCCUACUAGGAUCAAUGUUCCCGAUGCCCCGUGUUCUCUUUGCCAUGGCCAGGGACGGACUUCUCUUCAGACCCCUCAGUAAAAUGAGUGAAAGACAAAUUCCUGUCAUAGCAACCCUGGCUUCAGGAGUUGUUGCAGCUAUCAUGGCAUUGUUGUUUGAUCUGAAGGCACUGGUUGAAAUGAUGUCAAUUGGAACCCUCUUUGCCUACACACUCGUUGCCAUAUGUAUCCUCAUAUUAAGGUACCAAGCAGACCUCAACGAGGAUUCAAGUUUCAGCAAACCAGAGCCCUUUACAGUUACUGAAGUAUUAUGUCCUCCUUCACAAGCCACCACGCGGACAUCAAAAAAUGUGUCUGUUUUAACAGUUUUUAUUAUCUUUUUAGCUAUCAUCCUCAGCAUCGUCAUAUCUGGGGCUGUAGACUCCCUGCAGGCCCUUGAGUGGUGGAGUUUACUUUGUGUCUCAGUGGUCGCGGUGAUGCUGGUCCUCAUUACCCUGAUCAUCUGGAGACAACCACAGAGUACAACCAAAGCUGCUUUUAUGGUUCCUUUUGUGCCGUUGCUUCCUAUUUUCAGCACCUCUGUCAAUGUCUAUCUGAUGGUUCAACUUGGAUCAGACACAUGGAUCCGCUAUGCAGUGUGGAUGGCAGUAGGUUUAAUCAUCUACUUCUGUUAUGGUGUUCAGCACAGUGUGCAGAAACAAAGGCUUCGAAAUUCACACAACCAGGUCAGGAUUCACAGCAUCACCACCGCUAUGGAGCAAAACUUUGAACCUGAACAAGAUUUGAAUGUUUAAAUGAUGUGACAUGAUUGAUUUACUGAUACAAACAUUUAGUGGGCAAAUCAUCAAGCCAAGCAAAUUUGGCCAGUAUCUCCUGCUCCUUUACUCACAGUUACAUCACUUUUAUGCAGUUUAGCUGUUUCAUAUUUUCAUGUAGGCUAUGUAUUAUAUUGCUAGUGACAAUGUUGUGGCAGUGACAGUUUUCCCACUGCACCCAACUCCCGAUGUAGCUUAAUCAGCUAUUAAACAGUGUUUAAUGUAUUUAUAUUAUAACUUUCUAUUAUCAUGUAAAAUUUUCUGUCAACAUUUUUUGUAAUAUGCACGUGAAAUAAACAACUUUCCAUUUUCUGCCUCCUGUUUUCCUUUCUACUUUGCA